AGUUAAGGAACAAAGAAGCUUUUUAGAGGCGGAGAGACUCUCCCCCCCCCCCGCCCAUCCCCCUUGGAGAGUUCUGGGCGGCAGGCGGCCGAGAGAGGGGGAGAGGCAGGCGCCCCUUGCUUUCUCCCGCAAGGGGGUGGGGUGGGGUAGGCUGCAGACGCCUUUGUCCCUCCAGCGCCAGGCGAGAAGCAGAUGGCCGAGGCGUGAGAGGCCAGCAGGCAACGGCUGUGUUGCCGCUGGGUGGGCGGUGCGCGCCUGCAAGGAAAGGGGCGCGGAGCAAGGAGGCCAAAAGGGACCAGAGGCUAGCGAGCGUGCCAAGGCGACGGAUGCAGGGGCCGAUGAACUGCAGCGAAAGCCUCCGAAUCCAGGUCCUCCUGAGCCGGCUCUGGCAGGAGCUGCACGGCGGCGGCGGCGGCGGCGGCGGCGCUGCUCCCAAUGCCAUCCGCAGAGGCAGCAGCCUCCUCGACGACUCACUCCCGGCGCCAAGCCAGGCGACAGCGUCGGGCAGCAAAGCGGGCGCAGACGACGCUUACCUGUACAUCUUGCUCAUCAUGAUAUUCUACGGCUGCCUGGCCGGGGGCCUGAUCCUGGCCUACACGCGCUCCAGGAAGCUGGAGUCCAAGCACGACCCUUACCACUUGUACAUCGAGAGCGACUGGACGGCGAGAGCGGGAAGCCUGGGAAGGGGUGCAGGAGGACCAGGAGCGAAGCUGGCGGUGGCGGCCGGGGAGCCUGGCCUGGGCGAGGGGAUGCCGGCGGCUGCCGGCGGGGAGAGGGGGAGCAGCGGCGACGACAGCGAGCAUCUGUGAGAGAGCGGGAAGGCUCCGGAGGAGGAUCGGAUCGGCCCACCCCAAAUCUGAAGAAGUGCUCUCGGGGGUGGGGGGUGCGGUCCGCUCAAAGGCUGGAAUUCUGAACUGCGACCUGCGCCUCUCAGCUCGGCGGGGGCAAAGAAACAACAACAAAAAUUAAC